GGUGGCUAAAGUUGCCACAGGGUGUCGCGAGGGCUCUCACUUUUGCUGGUUUUUUUUUCAGCUCACGUCGAAUACGGACCCACCUGAUAUCACAGGGACACCGCGGAAGUCAGUUGUAGUUUACGGCGACGAAACAAGCGUGAAACUUUUACGUGUCGAGCACCCGUGAACUAACCGUUGAAACCGGCUAGCUAAGGUGAACCACAAUGGCCCAGGGGUUACUGGAUGAGGUGAUGAUGAACACUGCCCUGGUUGAAGAGCUGGCUGAUGUGGCAAAAGAUGAGGCACUUUUACAGGGAGUCCUUAUGAGGAUCCAAGAGACCCCCAACUCAUCAGAGUUGGUGACCUACGCCCCCUUCACGCUCUUCCCAUCGCCAGUGCCUAAAGCCGUGUUCCUGCAGGCUUUGGCUGUGCAAACCCACUACAACACACUGGUGGACAAGAUCAGCCAAGACACAGACUUCCUACAGGAGGCUUUAGCCAGCACCAUUGAAGUUGAUGACUUCACAGCCAGAUUGUUCAGGAUCCACCAGCAGAUCCUAAAAGAAGGAAGGUCUCAGCCCGUUGUGUUGGGACUUAAUCGGUCUGACUACAUGUUGGACCAGAGAGGGGAUAAGCCGUCCUCUCUGAAGCAGAUCGAGAUCAACACCAUCGCUGCGAGUUUUGGAGGCCUCUCGUCCCGCACGGCAGAUCUACACAGGCACAUCCUGAAGGUGGCCGGCAGGAUGGAGGAAAGCCAACGCGUCCCCGACAACAACCCUGCAGCUGGUCUGGCCCGGGCAGUGGCCAAAGCCUGGGAGCUCUACGGGUCAGAGAGAGCGGUGGUCAUGUUCCUGGUGGAGGAGAUCCAGAGGAACAUCUUUGAUCAACGGUACAUUGAGAGUGAGCUGUGGAAGAGAAACAUUCCCACAAUAAGGAAGCGGUUUGACGACGUGUGUAAAUCGGGAUGUCUUGAUCAGAGCAAGAGGCUGUCUGUAGAUGGCAAAGAGGUUGCAGUGGUGUACUUCAGGAAUGGUUACAUGCCGCAGAACUACGUGUCCGAACAGUGCUGGGAUGCUCGCCUCAUGAUGGAGCGCUCUCUGGCCAUAAAGUGUCCCGACAUCGGCACUCACCUGGCCGGAACCAAGAAGGUCCAGCAGGUACUGGCCAGGCCUGGAGUCCUGGAGAAGUUCCUCCCCGACCAGCCUCGAGUGGUGGAGCAGAUCAGGGCCACGUUCGCGGGCCUCUACACUUUGGACAUGGGACCAGACGGGGACAAAACGGUGGCGAUGGCUUUGGCAGCUCCAGACCAGUUUGUCCUGAAACCUCAGCGAGAAGGAGGAGGCAACAACAUCUAUGGAUCGGAGAUCUGCCAGGUCCUGGAGGGGGUGAAGGACAGUACGGAGCGGACGGCUUAUAUCCUAAUGGACAAAAUUAACCCCGUCCCUGUGCAGAACUACCUCCUGAGACGAGAUGCUCCCCUCAGAAUGAGCAGCUGCCUCAGUGAGCUGGGGGUGUUCGGAGCAUACGUAAAGAGGGGCGGGGACGUGCUGAUGAACGAGUGUGUGGGUCACCUGCUGAGGACCAAGAGCUCGGAGCACUCGGACGGGGGCGUGGCCGCGGGCGUGGCCGUGCUGGACAACCCUCUGCUCGUCUAAAAAAACUACCAGGGAGACAGAGAACACGUCUGUGAAAGAUAAGGCUCACACUCUGGAACAUUUAGCUUCAUUUUGCUGAAUAAUUGUGCUCCUUUGGGGCCUUCUGCCUCCCUUUGACUGACCGUGAUU